GGUCGGAGCUGCUGAAAGGUCUGGUCGCAGAGACAGGAACGCGUAAUCUCAGCGUGCUCCAUCCUCCACGGCUCGGCAGGGCAGCGAGCCUCUGGACAGCAGCCCCUCUGCUCCGCCCGCGGAAAAGCCUGAUGAAGUCCUCCGACAUUGAUCAGGAUUUGUUUACAGACAGUUACUGCAAGGUGUGCAGUGCUCAACUGAUAUCUGAAUCCCAGCGUGUGGCCCAUUACGAGAGUCGAAAGCAUGCAAGCAAAGUCCGACUCUAUUAUAUGCUUCACCCUAGAGAUGGAGGAUGUCCUGCUAAGAGGCUCCGGUCAGAAAAUGGAAGUGAUGCUGAUAUGGUGGAUAAGAAUAAGUGCUGCACACUCUGUAAUAUGUCCUUCACCUCUGCGGUGGUGGCCGACUCACAUUACCAAGGCAAAAUCCAUGCCAAAAGGUUAAAACUGCUGCUAGGAGAGAAAACACCACUGAAGACCACAGCAACACCCUUGAGCUCAUUGAAGCAACCUCGAGUGGACACUGCUCCCGUGGUCGCAUCUCCCUAUCAAAGAAGAGACUCAGACAGAUACUGUGGGCUCUGUGCAGCCUGGUUCAACAACCCCCUGAUGGCCCAGCAACACUAUGAUGGCAAGAAACACAAAAAAAAUGCAGCAAGAGUUGCUUUGCUAGAACAGCUUGGAACAACCCUGGAUAUGGGGGAACUAAGAGGUCUGAGGCGCAAUUACAGAUGUACCAUCUGCAGUGUGUCCCUAAACUCCAUAGAACAGUAUCAUGCCCACCUGAAAGGAUCCAAACACCAGACCAACCUGAAGAAUAAGUAGUAAAGACACCGAUCAAGAGUUUAGAAGAGACCAGUGUUUCUCUGCUGUGGAGACUUGUUCAUCAGCCACCAGGGGAAGAUCCUUUCUUGAACAAUGAAUAUUUACUACAAGGAUUCACCGAUUCACACAUGACUAAUCUUGAUUUCCAAAAGUGAACAAGAUUUCUUUCUUUAUUUUAAUUUUGUGGCAAAUUAUCAUAUUUGGAUAGAUUUUUAAAAGUUCUUUACUGAUAACAUAUUUAGCACAUGUUCUAAAUCAUAAUCUGCAGCAAAUACUUGGAGCAUUAUUCAAACUUACAAAGAGUGGAAACUUUUUAAUUUCCAAUUUACUCUAGAUUUUUCUUAGUGUAUAAUUAUUCCAGGAAAUCCUUGCUGAUUGUGAUGCAAAGCACCUGUAUUCAGAAAUAAACUCUCUUUUAUCAUCACAUUGGAUAUGGCUGCUGACAACUAGAACAGAAACUGAACAAGUCACUAUUUGUGGAAGAUAUACAAUGGACACAUAACAGUCCUUCACCUUCAACACAAGAACUGGGCUUGCCAUGGAAGUGAGAAGAGGUCAAGAUCAGGGAGGAAACAGGAGGGAAGGGCCAUCUUUUCCUUCUGACAUUCGACAGUUUCUCCAGGUUAUGGCAAGUCUGUUUGCAAGCUGCCAAAUCAUAGCUUAGGAAAAGAAUUAGUUUGCUUGCAUGAUGAUCUUCUUAGGUAAAAAUGUCUUCUUAGCAGUUGACUUUGGUA